AUGAUUCCGUGUCAGCCAGGUGCUACCGCCCGCCUUGUCCCUGUCGUCUUGUUCCCAUGUGCCCGGGUCGAUACCUACAUGCUACAUAUGAAUCACCAGCCAAUGAACCAACCGGUGUUCCAUGGAUGGAGUCGAGAGUUCGCGUUCAACGAACGCAGUUUUCUUAACGCAGACGACCAUGGCAACCGGCUGAGCUAUACGCGAGUGGGCAGUAUCACCGAACCGGUCAAGUACGACGCAGAUGUCGAACGUGUCGGUUGUAUGCGUUCCAUGCAGGGGUUUACAUCCUUGACGUGGGAUCAUGAGAACCAUCUGCAAUCUUCCACGACGCAGACGGUGAUCGAGGGCUCUCCGGAUCGAACGUGCCCGGGGGAAGCGGAGAAGAUGACGAAGACGCGAAUCCUGAAGGAAACGCCGUAUCUCGCUCCAGAUCUGGCUAUCCACCGCACGUACGCAGGCGACGGAGAAACUGUGGCAAGCGAGAGAAUCAACGCGGCAGUGAUGGCGGACACCGUGACGACCGUGGCUCAGGUUGAACUCACCACAGACAAGGCAAACUCAGCCACAUCCACCACCACGACUCCCCUGAUCCGGUACCAGAUUGGCCGGAGCCUGGAGAUCGACAACCAGGCCAACAUCAUCUGGUAUGAGGAAUAUUCUCCAUACGGGAACUCAACGUACAUCGCCUGUCGGCCAGAGGUCAAGGCCCCACGACGGUACCGAUUCGCUGCUGCUGAGCGAGACGCUGAGACAGGCCUGGACUAUUGCGGGGCGAGAUACUAUGCGCCAUGGCUAGGACGGUGGCUUUCCCCGGACCCUGACGGCGUGAUCGACGGGCUCAAUCUGUACCGGUACUGUCGAAACGAUCCUGUCAACCUCGUCGAUCCGGAAGGGACAUAUCCGCUUCGGGAUGGCGACCAAAACGUUGGAGACGAUAACUCUCUCUCUAACGCGGAUGUCAAUGAGGAAGGGGAGGAAGAGGCACACGCCCAGCGCAUCAGAGUAGACGAAAGGUUUUCGGACGAGCGGGAAGGAGACCACGACUUACUCAAUCUCGCGGAUCUGGAUAUUGAUUUCGACUCGAACGAGGAUGAUCUCCCAGGCUAUGAGGAACAAGAACCAUUCUACGAAGUGACUGCCCCUGAAAAUCCCGCCGUAAGACCCCCAGAUGGUUACCAACUGAGGAGAAAUAUAUUGGAAGAGGAUAAACGGAUGGGUCCUUCUCUGUACCAAGGCUCCAACAUUUACAACAGAGGGGAUUUGGACCACCCCGACCCGAGCUUCUUUGUCACGUUCCGACAAGCAAACCGCCUGCCAGACGAACCCGAACCGCGAUGGGAGAAGUUCGUCACUUUAGUGAAAAAGGAAUGGAAGGCAUUUAAAAAGUUCUGGAACGCAGGCAGAUCCCGCCAUAAGAAGUGGCUGCCGUUGUCAACGCCGCAGGAGUUCCAUUACAACCGGUCCUUCAGCCGACAGCAAAAUGAAUUUCUCCGGCUUGAAAUCGAACGCCAUAAUGCUCGCCUACUCGACGGGAAUAAGCGCCAUCAUAUGCGACGCUGA